GUUUUAAAAGAGUGCAAUUAAAAUUGGAUUUCCUAGAUUCUUAGAGGUGUGGGAUGCCGUAUAUUGCGUAAAAGUUACUUGACUAAGGACGAACACAUUAUAUAUGAUAGCCAGCGGAAUUACCUCAGUCGUGAUUACCUUCAACAUGAAAAUGAUAUUAUUUCUUUGUGCCUGUUUGAAUAGUGUAUAUGCUCAACCCCAAAAUCCUGUGCAAGUUGAAGUAAUUAAGAACAAAUUUGAACUCACAGACACAGGAGGCUUUUCGUUUAGUUUUUCUACAAGCGAUGGCAUCCACCACGAGGCUACGGGUGAAAUGAAAAAUAUUGGCACGCCAGAAGAAGCUCUAGCUGUUAAGGGAGUUUACUCCUAUAUUGCUCCUGAUGGCACUGCAUAUGAAGUGGAAUAUACGGCAGAUGACAAGGGUUUUCGACCGCAUGUUAAAAUUCUUCCACCUUCUGUCCUAAGAAUUGCUUCAGCAUGCGAAGGGUCACUCUGCGGGACAGGGCUGGGUUAAAUUUACUUGCCUCAAAAGUUUUCUUUAAGAACAUUAAACGUAUUAUUACAGCAAUUAUUUAGUUAAUUUAUUUGAUAAAUUUAAGAGCACUUACAAUAUUUAUU